UCUGUUUGAGUUGCUGUCUCGCUGAAUCGCUGCAAGCUAUUGUUCUUCAAUCUUCAGACUUCAAUUCUUCUUCCUUCUUCAUUCUUUGUUUUUCCUGAUUUGAUGAUCUGCUCUGCUGUGAUUGAAUGAUUGAAACAGAAUGAAUGUCCAAUAACUCAUUCCGGAUUUGGCAGAUUUCAUUGUUUUUGAGUUUUUUAUUGUCUCAGGGGCGGUAUAAUCCUAAUCCAUAUCCUCUAUAGUUGUAGUUAUUAUCAAUCAAAUAAUUAAUAAUCAUGUCAAAGAGAAAAUACGAAUCCGGUGCCUCAAAAAGGAAACGAAAAAUGCAAGAAGAACCUUUUAUAGAUAAACAAAAAGGGUCGUUUUUAAAAUAUUUAACUACAAACAAAAAUGUUGAUAAUGAACAACAACAAACUAAUGUUGAUAUCGAACAAGAACAAGAUAAUGUUGAUAAUAAUAAUCAUGAACCAACUAAUAUUGAAAGUGAUAAUGAACCAACUAAUAUUGACAAUGAUAAUGAAAAAACUAAUAUUGAAAUUGAUAACGAACAAACGAAUAUUGAAAAUGAUAACGAACGAACUAAUAUUGAAAUUGAUAAUGAACACACUAAUAGUGAAAAUGAUAACGAACAAAGUAAUAUUGAAAUUGAUAACGAACAAACUAAUAGUGAAAAUGAUAACACACCUUUAAACAUAUAUGAUCCAAGUAGAUGGAAUAAUAUUAGUACUAAUUUAAGAGAUUUAAUCAUAGAAAAAGGUCCUAUUAAGAUUUAUGAUUUUAAAUUUCCAAAAGAUCAACAUUUAAGAAGCUUUAGUACAUCUCUUUACAUGCAAAAAAUACUAAAUGGAGAAAAAUACGAACGAACAUGGUUGGUUUAUUCUAUAGAUGUAGAUAGAGUUUUUUGUUUUUGUUGUAAAUUAUUUAAUGUGAAUGCAUCCACAUGUUCAUUAGCACAUAAAGGUAAUAAUGAUUGGAAUAAUAUUUCUAGUAUAUUAAAAAGACACGAAGCAAGUAACGGACACAUUCUUAAUAUGAGGUCAUGGAUUGACUUAGAAACUAGAUUAGCAAAUAAUAAAACAAUUGAUAAGCAAAUCCAAGAACAAAUAAAUAAAGAAAAAGAACAUUGGAAAAAUGUAUUAAUAAGAAUCAUUGCUGUAGUAAAAACAUUAGGAAAAAAUAAUUUAGCAUUUCGUGGAACAAAUGAAAAGAUUUAUGAAGAAAAUAAUGGUAAUUUUUUAACUAUAAUUGAAAUGAUUGCGGAAUUUGAUCUUAUUAUGCAAGAACAUAUUAGGAGAAUUAAUGACAAAGAAAUUCAUAAUCAUUAUCUUGGACACAAUAUGCAAAAUGAACUUAUUAGUUUAUUAGGAGAAGAAGUUAAAAGUAAAAUAAUUAAAAAGGUAAAAGAGGCUAAAUACUUUUCAAUAAUACUUGAUUGUACUCCCGAUACAAGUCAUAAGGAACAAAUGUCGAUUAUCUUACGAUGUUUAGAUCUUUCAACAACUCCAAUUGAAGUUAAGGAGUAUUUUUUAGGAUUUUUAAUUGUAGAUAAUACAACCGGUAAAGGCUUAUAUGAUGCAAUAGUUGAUGAAAUUAAAAAUAUAGGACUAGAUAUAAAUGAUGUUAGAGGUCAAGGUUAUGACAAUGGAUCAAAUAUGAAAGGAAAACAUCAAGGUGUACAAAAACGGUUGUUAGAUAUUAACCCUAGAGCAUUCUACACUCCGUGUGGUUGUCACAGUUUAAAUUUAGUAAUUUGUGAUAUGGCUAAUUCGUGCGAUAAAGCUAGUGAAUUUUUUGGAGUUAUACAACGUAUAUAUUCGAUAUUUGCUUCAUCAACUCAAAGGUGGAAAAUAUUACAAGAUAAUAUAUCAAACCUAACACUUAAAUCAUUAUCACAAACUCGUUGGGAAAGUAGGGUAGAAAGUGUAAAAACAAUUAGAUUUCAAGCACCACAAUUAAGAAAAACACUUUUACAAUUAUCUAAAAAUUGUGGAGACCCAAAAAUUAAAAGUGAAGCUAAAUGUUUAGCUACAUAUGAACUUGAAAACUAUGAAUUUUUAUUAGGAAUGAUUAUUUGGUAUGAUGUUUUGUUUGCUAUUAACACUGUUAGUAAAAACUUGCAAUCAAGUGAUAUGUGUAUCGAUGAUGCUAUAGAUCAACUAAAUGGACUUUUGUGUUUCUUUAAAGAAUAUAGAGAAAACGGAUUUGAAAAAGCUUUAGAUUAUGCAAAAGAAUUGGCAUUAGAAAUGAAUGUAAAACCUGAAUUUCGUGAAAAACGUAUCAUUUAAAGAAAUAGACGAUAUGAUGAAAAUGUUGCUAAUGAAACUAUUAAAACUCCUGUCCAGUUAUUUAAAACUGAUUACUUUUUAUAUGUAGUAGAUAAAGCCAUUACUUCACUUAAAAGUAGAUUUGAGCAAUUUAACGAGUUCAAAAAUAUUUUUGGUUUUCUAUUUAGUAUAGAGGAAUUAAAAUCAUUUGAUGAAAAUACUUUGAAAAAACAUUGUUUAAAUCUUGAAAAAUCUUUAAAGCAUGAUGAUAGCUUAGAUAUUGAUGGUUUAGAUUUAUUUAAUGAACUAAAACUUUUAAGACAUAUUAUACAUUUAGAACGUGAUACAAUUAUUAAUAUACUUAAUUACAUUAAAAAGUUUAGUUCUUUUCCAAAUGCAUAUGUUGCCUAUAGGAUUAUGUUAACUAUUCCUGUAACCGUUGCCUUUACAGAAAGAAGUUUUUCUAAAUUAAAACUAUUAAAAAAUUAUUUAAGAUCUACAAUGUCACAAGAAAGAUUAAAUGGAUUAGCUAUUUUGUCAAUUGAAAAACAUUUAGUAAAAGAAAUUGAUUAUGAAAAUUUUAUUAAAGAAUUUGCAUCUAAAAAGGCUAGAAAAAUAAACUUUAUGUCAUAAAAUAUAUUCACAAAAAAAAUAUACAUAAAUUUUUUUUAACCCCGCCAUUUGUAAACCUUUUAGUUUAUUAUUGCCGGUCCCAAGCCCGGAUAAAGGAGGAGGGUUUAUAACAUUAAGUAUAGUAAUGUCAAAGGGCCCCAAAAUUUUGGUCGCUUAGAGCCCCCA